CUGCGAGUAAUUCCAGAAUGGUGCGCGUUACCAAGCGCGCAAUCCCAUUGGUUGAUAUGCGCGCGCACGGGGGUUGGUGCGCUAUUAUUAAAGCCGCGAGUGGACGCGCAGUGCCAACAGACAGUUCUGUCCUGGAGUACCGGAGACCCGAACGAGGGGGAGACGAACAACAACAUAUGUAUUGAAGCAAGGACAUUAGGACCACAAACCACUUCACGGUGCAAUUGCACAUCUCUCCCAGACCUCGCAGAGAGAUGUGGCUGCUGGAAAAGAUCCGCGGUUCAGUGGAGGGAAACGUUCUCCGGCAAGGAGACUCUGCGGACAAACAUGGCAAAGCCCCCACCUACUGCAACGUCCUCACCCCUGACAAGAUCCCUGACUUCUUUAUUCCACCCAAAUUCGUGUGCUGCCCACCAGAGGAGGAGACGCCAGAGAUGAAGCCAAAAAACGAGCUCCACUCUUCAGCGUCAGAGCAGACCAUAUGCUGCAAGAAGCCUCAGGGCAGUCCGCGCAGCCCACGCCUCAUUAACAAGUUGGCUGGAGACACCAAGAACUUGCUCAAAGCUGCAAACCGCCACAUCAUCCAGAUUGAGAGCGCCGAUGACUUGGUGGUUGGGGAAGGGGGUGACCUCAACACGAAUGCCGACCCGCAGUCCCAAACGGCCAUGUCCCUGCCCUACGUACCCAAAGCGCAAACCUCCUACGGUUUCGCCACGCUCAUGGAAAGUCCCCACACGAGACGUAAAGAAUCCCUCUUUCACAGCGACCCCACAAGUCCGCUUACCUCACCCAACACCCAACGCAAGUCACAGGGUAACCACCUAAACCCCAGUGACUGCAACACCUCCCACUCCAACCCCUACCGGUACUUCAGCGGAGGGGAAAGUGACACUUGCUCUUCGGCCGAGUCCUCCCCAUUCAACUCCCCUCUAUUAUCUCGUUCUGCAUCUCUCCUCAAGGUGUUCACCCACGAAACCCAAGCCAAAGUAUCCCGAGCCAAGCGCUCCUUCGCCCGGCACAGUUCUCUCUCCACUGAUGAGUGCAGCUCUGUGGAGACCAGCCCGAAUAUUCAGAGGCGCCUCCGUUGCCCUCCUUCCCCUGCUUUCCGUGGACGGAAAUACGGAGGUAACAUGGAUCGCUUCACGCAGCACACUGUCAACCUCCACAAGGGAGGAACUCUACGCCUCUGCACAGACUACGACAUCGAUGCCGCCCGGCUUCACGUGCGCGUUCUGGCGGCCGAGGAUCUCUAUGAUAAGCAGUUUGACGUGAAGAGCAUCAAUUGUUGCGUGGCUCUGUACCUGAACCCGGGAAAGCUCCAGAAACAGCGUAGCACCAUUAUCAAGAACAGCCGCAACCCCGUCUUCAACGAGGACUUCUACUUUGACUCACUUCCCGUUGCGCAGGUGAAAAACCUUGCCAUCAAGAUGAAGGUUGUCAACAAGGGCACCAGUCUGAAGAGAGACCACCUACUGGGCGAGAGGGAGGUGCCCUUGAAGGAGCUGCUUUCUGGGAUCUAGAAGUCUAGUUUCGUCCACCACCUGGGCAUGGGA